AUGAUCUUCCUCAUCUUACACAUGUCUUCUAAUGGAUCCCUUUCCAUCACCUCUGCUGAUGACACUCUCAUCGAUGAGUCAACGCAGAUGACCCCCUUUCCCAAACCAUUCUUAACUGAAGAGCAAUGGGAAUGGUCAGUUGUAAUGAGCAUGAGGCUUGAAGAGGAGAAUGAUAGGAGAUUGCAGGCUGAGGAAUACAAAAGGCAUCUAUUGUACAUGGAGGAGAGUGCAGGAGAGAGAGCAGCAUGUCACACACCCAUGCCCCCACAUUUCCCCUCCCUUCUGCAAGUAAUAGAUAUCACUAUGCCACCCGCAGGCUCGCCUCCUCAUUCUCCUUUCCCACCACCCCUGAUCCGCGAAGAGAACAAGGAAGUCAUCUUCCCCGAUAGAGAGUCAUACUUGACUGCCCCUGUUGCAUACCUUAUAGGGCUUAUAGAAGGUUUACCGAGUACAGAGUUUGUGUCAGGGCCAACCUGA